AUGGAAAGUUCAGCAACUGAGGAGCAGCAGAGAGAAGGACCCCGUUUCAACAGCCCCUGCACUUUCUUUGAACAAGUCAUCAAGGCUUGCCUCGACUGUUUUGGACUUCAUGAUGAUCAUAGUCAACACCCCCCUCCUCUACGGACCGAAAGAGAAAUGAAAUUUAAUGAAGAGACAAUUAUGAUGAUGGCUACAAGAUCAAGGAAGGCGACUAAACCACCUAUAAGCUCUGGUCCAGGUGGUCAGAUUAACUUUUCUUCUUCUGUUUCUUCCUCCUAA